AGUUCGAAGCGGCAUGUCUGAUCGGAAAGAGCGUUCCUGGGUGCUACAGCAGCUGAUGCUGCUGCUGCUAAUCUGCCUUGGACUAAUCCCCGCUGAGGUUAUCGCCAAUUCCAUACCCAUACCCAAUCCCUGCCAGAGUGGUCAGACUUACAUCAAUGGCGCUUGCGGCCAAGUCAUUAUAAAUGUGUUUAAUGCUGGUUGCGGUGGUCAAACGGGGAUUCCCUGUCAACCUGGUACUUCAUUUGUUGUUCCUGGCACUCCUGUUUGUCCGAAUGCUCCUCUUAGUCCCAUUGUGGUACCAAGUGUUCCAAUUGUUGUUCCUGGAACUCCUGCUUGUCCCAAUGCUCCUUUAGAUCCUACUGUGGUACCAAGUGUUCCAAUUGUUGUUCCUGGAAGUCCAGUCGUUGUUCCUGGCACUCCUGCUUGUCCGAAUGCUCCCUUAGAUCCCACUGUGGUACCUAGUCCUCCAGUCAUUGUUCCUGGAACUCCUGCUUGUCCGAAUGCUCCCUUAGAUCCCACUGUGGUACCUAGUCCUCCAGUCAUUGUUCCUGGAACUCCUACUUGUCCGAAUGCUCCCUUAGAUCCCACUGUGGUACCUAGUCCUCCAGUCGUUGUUCCUGGAACUCCUGCUUGUCCUAAUGCUCCUUUAGAUCCCACUGUGGUACCCACUGCUCCUGUUCAGCCCACUGUCUGUCCACCGUCUUGUCCAACAACAUGUUCGAAUAACUGCAAUCAAUCCACACAAUGUCCUAACAGUUGUCCCACCAAUUGUCCCAAUAGUCCUUGUCCGACUCCUCCGCCAACUAUUACUCCCUCCCCUCCCACUCUUUACCCAACUCCCAUGCCCUAUCCACCACCCGCACCACCAGCACCACAGACAACACAACAACCCUACCCAGUCCCAGUAACCACUCCACCACCGGCUACUAUUACCCGGUGUCGGGAAGGAACGAUCCUGGUUAGGGGCGUCUGCCGCCUUCUUUUCUGCGGAGGAUACGGAAUAAAUGCCGAAGGACGCUGCAUUCAGGCACGCUGCCCCGCGGGAUAUGUUUGGACGGGGAUCAGGUGCUCGAAGCCCCAGCCCGUGGAGAUUGGCAACAUCCACAUAGAGAGCAAUGUCCAUCAGCAGGCUGGCGCUCUACCCCACCUGGUCACCAACAACGUGAACAAUGUAAAGGUCAACGCCUCCAUCGCAAUCCAAGGACAAACCUCCGCGGAGCAGCAAGAGGAGGAGGAGGAAGAGGAGGAGGAACCGGUGAUGCCGCAGCCACCUUCAGGACCCUGCUGUAAUGUGGUGGCUCCCCGGAUUUGCACCAUCCAGGCGGAUCAGGUCGCAUACAAGUGCUUCAGCAGGAGUCAGCAGCAGUGCGGCUCCUUCUGCAGUGCCAACAAGGUGGUGCUCGCACCGCCAACAGUGACCACUUGGACGCAGGCCAACACCCAGAUGAUGGUGCUGCCGCCCAACUGGGCGGGUCAAGGAUGCCAGUCCACCGGUGGAAAUUGCCAGCAGGCUCAGAACUACUACGACUGCAGCGGCUGUGCGAUGGGUGACUUUUCGACCUGCUCCUCGUACUGCUAUUCCUACAAGUGCAGCAGCCACAACUGCGUCUAUUACGACCAGACUCAAUACUGCUCCCAGUAUCCUGGUCAAAUGGGCUGCCGAUCUGAAGAUGGGUGGUUCCCGGCCCCAUAAUGGCUACUCAAUCAAUUCAAGAAUAUCAAAUUUUUUUAAUGUUGGAAGGAAAUUGAUUGUAAUAAACACAAUGUUACAAAUGUU